AUGGCCAAUGCCUCCACAGACCUGGACAACGCGGAGGCCCAACGCCAGCUCAACAACAACAACACCCGUCUGGCCGGCAGCUCCGGACACUGGGAAACCGAAGUCACCAGCUCCAAGCUGUUUGAGUGUUCCCGCAUCAAGGCCUUGGCAGAAGAGAGAGAUGCUGUCCAGAAGAAGACCUUCACUAAGUGGGUGAACUCCCACCUGGCAAGAGUGUCCUGUCGAAUCGCUGACCUCUACAACGACCUCCGGGACGGCUACAUGCUCACCAGGCUGCUGGAGGUCCUGUCUGGGGAGAUGCUGCCGAGGCCCACGCGGGGUCGCAUGCGUAUCCACUGCCUGGAGAACGUGGACAAGGCCCUGCAGUUCCUCAAGGAGCAGAGGGUCCACCUGGAGAACGUUGGCUCUCACGACAUCGUCGACGGCAACCACCGCCUCACCCUUGGCCUCAUCUGGACCAUCAUCCUUCGCUUCCAGAUCCAGGUGAUUAAGAUUGAGUGUGACGACAACAGGGAGACGCGGUCGGCAAAGGAUGCCCUGCUACUCUGGUGCCAGAUGAAAACUGCUGGGUACUCUGAGGUCCACAUCCAGAACUUCACCACCUGCUGGAGAGAUGGUCUCGCCUUCAACGCUCUCAUUCACCGACACAGGCCUGAUUUCAUUGAAUUCCAUAAGCUGAUCCGGUCAAAUGCCACACACAACCUCCAGCAAGCCUUCAACAUUGCUGAGCAGAACCUGGGGCUCACCAAACUCCUGGACCCUGAAGACGUGAAUACGGAGAACCCAGACGAGAAGUCGAUAAUAACCUAUGUUGUGUCCUACUACCAUUACUUCUCCAAGAUGAAAGCCCUUCGAGUAGAGGGCAAGAGAGUGGGAAAGGUGUUGGACAAUGCCAUCGAGGGCCAGAAGAUGAUCGAUCGAUAUGAGGCUCUGGCCUCGGAGCUCCUGGAGUGGAUCGAGAAGACCAUAGGCAUCAUCAGCAACCAGAAGUUUGCCAACUCCUUAACGGGUGUCCAGCAACAGCUUCAAGCCUUCACCACCUACUGCACCAUCGAGAAGCCCAUCAAGUUCCAGGAGAAGGGGAACCUGGAAGUGCUCCUCUUUACUAUCCAAAGCAAGCUCAGAGCUAACAACCAGAAACCAUACGUGCCUCAUGAAGGGAAACUCAUCUCUGAUAUCAAUAAGGCGUGGGAGAGGCUGGAGAAGGCGGAGCAUGAGAAAGGCGUGGCCCUACGUCAGGAGCUGAUUCGCCAGGAGAAGCUGGAGCUGCUGGCCCAGCGGUUUGACCACAAGACCACCAUGAGACAGGCGUGGCUCAACGAGAACCAGCGCCUCGUGUCUCAGGAUAACUUUGGCUACGACCUGCCAGCGGUGGAAGCCGCCAUGAAGAAGCACGAGGCCAUUGAGGCAGACAUCUCGUCGUACGAGGAGCGCAUCGGGGUGGUGGUGGAGCUGGCUGGGGAGAUGGAGACGGAGGGCUACUACGACAUUCGGCGUAUCUCGGCCCGCAAGGAGAACAUCCUGGGCCAGUGGAGCCUGCUGAAGGAGCUGGUGGUGGGGAGGAAGGCCCGGUUGGAGAAGAACCUGGCUCUGCAGAAGACCUUCCAGGACAUGGUCUACAUGAUCGACUGGAUGGAGGACAUGCAGGUCCAGCUCCUGUCCAAAGACUUCGGCAAGCAUCUGCUGGAGGUGGACGACCUGCUGCAGAAACACAGCCUCCAGGAAGCUGACAUCACAGCGCAGGCAGAUAGGGUGCAGACCCUUAACUCAGCCGCUCUCAAAUUCACCACCAUUGAAGGCUACCAGCCCUGUGACCCCCAGGUGAUCUGCAACCGGGUCAACCAUGUCAGCACUUGCCUGGAGGAGCUCAAGCAGCUGGCGGCCAAGCGGUGCUCGGAGCUGGAGGAGUCUCAGCACCUCUGGGCCUUCUUCCAGGAGGUGGAGGAGUCCGAGGCCUGGAUCCGCGAGAAGAGCUCCAUCCUGGUCGCCCAGACCUGCGGCAAGGACCUGAGCAGCGUGCUGCGGCUGCUCCAGAAACACAAGACCCUGGCUGGGGAGCUGCUGGCCCACCGCUCCCUCCUCCAACAGACCAUGAAGAAGGGCAAGCAGAUCCUGAUGGAGAAGAGUUUCGGCACGGGGGGCAUCCAGGAGCGCAUCAUGGAGGUGAAAGGGGAGUGGAAAAGGCUGGAGGACCAGGCGGCGCAGAGACUGGGCCACCUGCAGGAGGCACUCAACUUCUUCCAGUUCAGCACAGAGACGGACGACCUGCUGGCCUGGCUGCAGGACGCCUACCGCCUGGUAUCCAGCGAGGACUUUGGUCACGAUGAGUACUCCACCCAGUCACUGCUCAAGAAGCACCGGGGUGUGUGCGAGGCCGUGGACAAGCACCGGAUGCACGUGGUAACUCUGCGCAAACACAUGGUGGUGCUGCCACUGCACUACCGGGAGCUGGACGAGGUGCAGUCGAGGAUGGGCGAGGCGGAGCAGCUGUACACCGAGGUGGCCGAGGUGGCCGUCCUGAGGCAGCAGUGGCUGCACGACGCGCUGGCCGUCUACCUCAUGUUCAGCGAGGUCAACGCCUGCGAGGUGUGGAUCGACGAGAAGGAGCAGUGGCUCAACAAGAUGGAGGUUCCAGAGAGGCUGGAGGACGUAGAGGUCAUAGCCCAUAGGUUUGAGGGCCUGGACCAGGAGAUGAACAGCCUGAUGGGAAGGAUCCUGGACGUUAACCAGAUAGUGCAGCAGCUCCUGGACAAUGGUCACCCCAGCUCUACAGAGGUCAGAGGCUGUCAGGACCACCUCAAUAGCAGAUGGAACCGCAUCGUGGAGAUGGUGGAGCAGAAAAAGGAUCACCUGGACUCUGUCCUCCGUCUCCAGAACUACCUGCUGGAGUGUGCUGAGAUCAAGUCCCAGAUCCAGGAGAAGCGCAAGGCCAUCGACGCCACUCAGUACGUGGGCAGUGACCUGGGCGGGGUCCUGGCCCUGCAGCGCCGACUCUCCACCAUGGAGGGGGCCCUGGCCGUGCUGGAGCCCAAGCUGCUUCACCUGCAGCAGGAGGCAGAGGAGCUGGCUAUCUCGCACCCGGCCAAGGCCAUGGAGGUCCUGGAGCACUUCGAGGGCAUUAGUGUGGAGUGGGAGGAGCUGAAGCGCACGCUGCAGGGCUGUGAGGACUCUCUGAUGGUGGCGGGGCGGCUGCAGCAGUUCAUCCAGGACCUGGACUCCUUCCUGACGUGGCUAGUGCAGACGCAGACGGCGGCAGCUAGCGACGAGCUGCCCAACGCGCUGGAGGAGGCCGAGAGGCUGAUCAACCGCCACGCGGCACUGAAGGAGGAGAUCGGGAGGUACGAGGAGGACUACGAGCGGCUGCAGGCGGUCAACGAGCUGCUGGAGGCUGAGGAGGCGCCGCUGCCAUAUGCGGCGCUGCAGCAGUGGCUCCAGAAGCUGGAUGUGGGCUGGAACAAGCUGCUGGAGAUGUGGGAGAGCCGGAGGGAGGUGCUGGUGCAGGCGCACAUCUUCCACCUCUUCCUGAGGGAUGUCAAGCAGGCCGAGGCCUUCCUCAACAACCAGGAGUCAGCCUUGGCCCAUGUUGAGCUGCCCACCACUGUGGAGACGGUGGAGGCUGCCAUCAAGAAACACAAGGACUUUACCACCACCAUGGAGCUCAACUUGCAUCGCAUCAAGGCUGUCAUCGAGGCCGGAGAGAGCCUUAUUAGCCAGAGCAACAUCUACUCGGACCGCAUCAAGGAGCGUGUGGACACCCUCGCUAACAGAGGCAACCAGAACCGGGAAUUGGCCCAACAGUGGCUGGAGAGGCUCAACGGCCAGUGGGGGCUCCAGAGGUUACUACAGGACUGCCACGAGCUUGGAGACUGGGUGGCAGAGAAGAUGCUCAUGGCUCGUGACACGUCCCGCGAUGAGACGCAGAAGCUGCACAAGAAGUGGCUGAAGCACCAGGCCUUCAUGGCCGAGCUGGCCCAGAACAAAGAGUGGCUGGAGAAGAUCGAGAGGGAGGGCCAGCAGUUGAUCCAGGAGAAGCCCGAGCUGAGCCCGGUGGUGCGGAGGAAGCUGGGGGAGAUCCGGGAGUGUUGGCAGGACCUGGAGAGCACUACCCAGGCCAAGGCCCGCCAGCUGUUUGAAGCCAACCGGGCCGACCUGCUGGUGCAGAGCUACACCAGCCUGGACCAUCGGCUGCACCAGCUGGAGGGACAACUGUGCUACGUGGACCAGGGUCAGGACCUGACCAGCGUCAACAAGCAGCUCAAGAAGCUCCAGACGAUGGAGUGUCAGAUGGAGGAGUGGUAUAAGGAGGUGGGGGAGCUGCAGGUGGCGGCGGCCUCCAUCCCCCAGCAGGGCCAGGUCAUGGACACGGUCGGCGAGCGCCAGGCCGCCGUGGAGACGCGCAUCGUCCGCCUCAUCGAGCCGCUCAAGGAGCGCCGGCGUAUCCUUCUGGCCUCCAAGGAGGUUCACCAAGUGGGCCGGGACCUGGAGGACGAGAUACUGUGGGUGCAGGAGCGGCUGCCUGCCGCCACGUCUCAGGAGCACGGCUCCAGUCUACAGGCUGUGCAGCACCUCAUGAAGAAAAACCAGACUCUGCAGAGGGAGCUGCAGGGCCAUCGGGCGAGGGUGGAGGACGUCCUGGAACGAGCUAAUGUCAUCGCCUCCAUCCGCAGCCCCGAGGCUGACUGUGUGCGGGCGGGCCUGGAGCAGCUCAGCGGGCUGUGGGGUCUGCUGUGGGCCGAGACAGAGAGAAGACAGCUGGUGCUGGAUGCCAUGUACCAGGCCCAGCAGUACUACUUUGACACGGCCGAGGUGGAGGCCUGGCUCAGCGAACAGGAGCUGCACAUGAUGAACGAGGAAAAGGGCAAGGAUGAGCCCAGCACCCUGCAGCUACUGAAGAAGCACCUGGUACUGGAGCAGACGAUAGAGGACUACGCUGAGACGAUAGGCCUUCUCUCCCAGCAGUGCAGACAGCUACUGGAGAUGGGACAUCCAGACAGUGAGCAGAUCAGUAAGUGUCAGUCUCAGAUGGACCGGCUGUACGUGUCUCUGAAGGACCUGGUGGAGGAGAGGAAGUCUCGUCUGGAGCAGCAGUACUGGCUCUACCAGCUCAACCAUGAGGUGGACGAGCUGGAGCAGUGGAUCGCUGAGAGGGAGGUGGUGGCCAGCUCGCCAGAACUGGGACAGGACUUUGAACACGUCACGAUCCUGCAGGAGAAGUUCACAGAGUUUGCGUCGGAGACGGGCAGUCUGGGUCAGGAGCGUGUGACGGCGGUUAACCAGAUGGUGGACGAGCUGAUCGACUAUGGCCACGCCGAGGCCGCCACCAUCGCCGAGUGGAAGGACGGCGUGAACGAGGCCUGGGCCGACCUCCUGGAGCUCAUGGAGACCCGGGCACAGAUGCUGGCCGCCUCGCACCAGCUCCACAAGUUCUUCACCGACUGCCGCGAGAUCUUGGCCCAAAUCGAUGAUAAGCAGCGGAGGCUGCCAGAGGUACGGGCGCGCCAGGGUGGCACUGCCAACACCAGCACCCUGCAGAGGCUCAUGCACAGCUUCGAGCACGACAUCCAGCUGCUCGUCACUCAGGUGAGGCAGCUCCAGGAGAGUGCGGGUCAGCUCCGGACCAUCUACGCCGGGCAGAAGGCUGAGGCCAUCGCCGGCCGGGAACAGGAAGUGAUGCAUUGCUGGAAGGAGCUCUUGACGUCCUGUGAGGAGUGCCGAGUGCAGAUCACCACGGCAACAGACAAGCUGCGGUUCUUUGGGGUGGUGCGAGACCAGAUCAUGUGGAUGGACAGCAUCAUCUCUCAGAUCGGCACAGGGGACAAUCCAAGGGAUGUGUCCUCAGUGGAGGUACUGAUGAACUACCACCAGGGCUUGAAGAGCGAGGUGGAGGCGCGCAGUAAGAGUGUGCUGCAGUGCAUCGAGAUGGGCAAGACGCUGCUGGCGGCGCGCAACCCUGCUGCUGAGGAGAUCAAGGAGAAGCUGGAUAAGGUGGUGGCCAAGCAGUACGAGCUGUCUGAGAAAUGGGACAAACACUGGGAGGUCCUGCAGCACAUGCUGGAGGUGCACCAGUUUGCGCAGGAAGCGGUGGUGGCUGAGGCCUGGCUCACGGCCCAGGAGCCCUUCAUCAACAGCAUGGAGCUGGGCGCCAGCGUGGACGAGGUGGAGCAGCUCAUCCGCCGCCACGAGGCCUUCCGCAAGGCCGCCGCCACCUGGGAGGAGCGCUUCAGCUCAUUACGACGCCUCACCACGGUGGAGAAGAUGAAAGCAGAGCAAAGUAAGCUCCCUCCCACCCCCCUGUUGGGUCGAAAGGUGUUCCUGGACCCCCAGGAGACGUCCCCUGCCCGGAGCCAGGGCUCCCCCCUGAUGAGACGGAUCAUUUACGAGCAGGCCGAGCACAGAGCUGAAAGGCCCUCCCAGGAACCCUUGCCCUCCUCCGUGGCCCGCCGCUUGGGAUCCACCGUGGCCAACUACACCCCCAUCAUGAACGGCUCUAGUGGCUACCGCAGCAGCCUGGAGGCCUGGGCCAUCCCCGGGAUGGGGGGAGUGGUUGGAGGUGUAGUGGGGGUGGCAGCCGGCCUGGGAACAACCGCCAUGGAGGCCAGAGGGGUAGCAACAAAUUUAGGGACCACAACCGCCAUGGAGGUCCGAGGGGUGGCAACAGGGUUGGGGACUGCCGCCUCGGAAGCCAGGGGGUUGGCAGUAGGAUUGGUCACCCCCGCGGUCGAGGCCAAAGGGAUAGCUGCAAGCUUGGUGACUGGUGCAGCCGCAGCAGUGGAGGUGAAAGCCUCACAGUACCUCCGGCAGCCUAAGAUCAAACACAUGGACGACAUGGUGACGCCCAUGCUGGUGGCCUGUAGGCUGGAGAAGGUGGUGCUCCAGGAGAUGGGGAGGGAGGGGAUGGGCAGGGAGAGGCUGAACAGCGAGCCCAGCAGCAGAGACCACCGGGCGGGGAGCAGCCGGUCGGAGCCCCAGCAGAGAGAUAGGGACAGAGACAGUAGGGACAGUAGGGACAGUCACAGGGAAGCCAGGCUGGAGCGCCAGCACUCCAGUGAGGUGCUGAUGAUCCAGGCGCGGCGGGAUGAGCUGCCCCAGGAGGUGUGGCGGGAACGGGCCGAGCGCAAAGAGAGGAAGCUGGAGAGGCAGACGUCCAGUGAGCAGGAGGGCCACGGACACGAAGGCCGGAGGAAAGACCGCCACCGGACGGAGAGACAAGAGUCCAGUGAACACGACACAGCCAAGGAGCAGUCAGACAGACGUUCUACGGAGAAAAGGUCAGGCGGCCAGACCUUGUUUGACAUAGUGGAGCAGCUAAAAGAGAGAGAGGCAGCAACGGUGAUCUAAGCUCUGCCCUCUCUCUUCUCUCCUCAGGCCCGAGGGGAGGUCUCUAAAGUGCCGAACGGCGUGCCAGAGAAGUCUUCCGGACGUCCAGACCGGCCGCGAGCACGGGACCGCCCUAAGCCCCGGCGGAGACCCAGGCCCAAGGACCACUCUGCAGGAGAGGCCACCACCCGGCGGUCACGCUCGGCGCCAGAGCCAGGGAUGGCCCAGAGUGUGAGCCCCUCAGUCCCCCAGCCGCCCAGCCACACAGCCCACCACGAGGGCUUCCUCUUCCGCAAGCUGGACAUCGAGACCAUGAGGAAGAGCUCUAACAGAUCCUGGGUCAACCUGUACUGUGUGCUGAACAAAGGAGAGAUAGGCUUCUAUAAGGACGCUAAGAACACCACCACACCUUACAACAACGAGCCCAUGCUCAACCUCGGCCACUGCCACUGCGACGUCACCCUUGGAUACAAGAAGAAGAAAAACGUCUUUACACUUAAAACGAAAGACGGAAGUGAAUUUCUGUUCCAUGCAAAGGAUGAGGAUGAUCUAAAGGCCUGGACCACCAACAUCAACAAGAGCAUCGCAGAGCAUGUGGAGAUUGCCAAAUGGGGUCAGCCCCAGCCUACUACCUCAUCCACGGACGAGGGCACGCGCCGCGACGGCAGCAAGGCCGAUAACAAGUCAGAGCGGGGAGAAAAGUCAGACCGGGGGGAAAGGCCGGAGAGGGCCGAGCGCUCUGAGAGGUCGGAUAAGGGUGAGACCAAAUCGGACACCAAGCGUUCAGAAAAGUCCAGCAGGAAGAAAUGA